AUGUCCACUCCCGAAUAUGAACCCUCCAUGCCCGAUGGCGGAGAUGCAACGCAAAUAGAUGUGAAUGCGCCGUUUUCCGGGUUCGAAUUCCACUCAAUUUACAUCGUUGCUUGCACUUUCAUUGUGUAUUUUAUUCUCCCGGGUAUCGGGCUUCUAUACAGUGGCUUGACGCGGAGAAAGUCUGCAAUGACAUUCUUGUUCCAGGCUUUCUUGGUACUCGCGGUGACCUCAUUCCAGUGGAUAUUCUGGGGAUAUUCACUCACCUACUCACGAAACGGGGGGCCCUACAUUGGGACUCUGAAAAACUUUGGGCUCAUGGGGGUUAUGGCGGCCCCCUCUCCGGGCUCGGAUGUGCUUCCUGAAAUCCUGUUCUGCAUGUUUCAGCUUCUUUUUGGCGCCUGCACGGUAAUGAUUGUUGUCGGUGGAGCCUUUGAACGCGGUGGUAUUCUCGCAACCCUCAUAUUUGGUUUUUGCUGGGAGACUAUUGUCUACUGCCCUCUAGCACGAUGGACGUGGAGUAGCCAGGGCUGGCUGUAUAAUCUUCCGUCUAUUGACUAUGCCGGAGGUGGUCCAGUCCAUAUUGCUUCAGGUUGCGCCGCCCUAGCGUACGCCGUUGCACUCGGAAAGCGCAAGGGAUACCAAGAUGCUUCAAUGAAGCGGCCCCACAAUACUACUCUUGUCUUUCUGGGAACCGUAUUCAUCUGGACUGGUUGGCUCGGAUUUAAUGGCGGCUCGACUCUCAAUGCCAGUGUCCGCAGCUAUCUGGCGAUCAUGAACACCAACGUCGCGGCUUCGACUGGUGUGCUAGGCUGGGUGCUGGUCGAUAUGAUUAGACACAAGGGCAGGUUCUCUAUGGUGGGGGCCUGCGAAGGUGCCAUUGCUGGCCUCGUCGGUAUCACCCCUGCUGCCGGGUGUGUGACGGUGUGGCUUGGUGCCCUGAUUGGUUUCCUUACCGGUAUUGUAUGCUCAUCGUGCAAGAAUCUGAACGAGUGGAUUCGCAUAGACGAAGGAAUGGAUGUCUUCAAACUACACGGGGUCGGUGGGAUAGUCGGCUCAUUUCUGACCGGUAUCUUCGCCGACCAGUACAUUUCGGCCUUGGACGGCAGCUCUCUCAUUCCUGGGGCCGUCAACGGUGAAGGUGUUCAGGUUGGCAAGCAGCUUGCGGAGAUCUGCGCCGUGUGUGCCUACUCGUUCGGCGUGAGCUACGUCUUGCUUAUGAUCAUGAAGUACAUUCCAUUCCUGGGGCUGCGGGUUAGUGAGGAGGCGGAGAUGGUCGGGCUGGACCGCUCAUUCUUUGUGGAUGAGCAGAUCGGGGACCACUCUAUGCUAGACGGGAUCAGCGCCUCGCCGUUGAUGGGAGUGUCAAAAACACCCUCGAGCGAGGUGCAACAGGCAGUGACAGAGACCAAGAAAGCGUAG